AUGACUCGUUUAUAUUAUCAAAGAUAUUUAACAAUCACAAGAGAAAAUACAUCUCCAAAUAUAACAACAGGGAAAUGGAAAGUGAAUUUACCAUGGGAAUUUAUUACUUCUGAAAAUUAUCCUAAAACAAUAGAAGUAUUGAAUUUUGUUUAUUUUAAUUUGAAUGGUCAAUUAGAUAUUGGUGUUAGUUGUCAUGGUUCAUUUAAUUAUGAUUCACCUGAAAAUGAUCAAAUGAUAUGUUUUUCAACAUAUGGGAAUAUGACACCAAAACAUUUUAAUAUUAAUAAAAAUAUAACUUCAAUAGAAAUAUGGUUUAAAGAUUAUAAAGGAAAUAUUAUUAUGCCACUUGGAAUUUGGGAUGAAUAUUUUAUCUUAGAACUUAAUUUACAUUAUUAA